UCAGGAUGAGUCACUGCAGCAGCCGCGCCCUGACCCUGCUGAGCAGCGUGUUUGGUGCCUGCGGCCUGCUUCUUGUGGGCAUCGCAGUCAGCACGGACUACUGGCUGUACAUGGAGGAGGGGACCGUUUUGCCGCAGAACCAGACCACCGAGGUCAAGAUGGCGCUGCACGCUGGCCUCUGGAGAGUCUGCUUCUUUGCAGGUCGGGAGAAGGGUCGCUGUGUGGCUUCCGAGUACUUUCUUGAACCAGAGAUCAACUUGGUGACGGAAAACACAGAGAAUAUUCUGAAGACAGUGCGCACGGCUACUCCCUUCCCUAUGGUCAGUCUCUUCCUUGUGUUCACCGCUUUCGUCAUCAGCAACAUUGGCCACAUCCGACCUCAGAGGACCAUUCUGGCCUUUGUGUCUGGCAUCUUCUUCAUCUUAUCAGGUCUCUCCUUGGUGGUGGGUUUGGUUCUGUACAUCUCCAGCAUCAAUGACGAGGUCAUGAACAGGCCCAGCAGCUCGGAGCAGUACUUUCACUAUCGAUACGGGUGGUCGUUUGCCUUCGCUGCUUCCUCUUUCCUUCUCAAAGAGGGGGCCGGAGUCAUGUCGGUGUACUUAUUCACCAAGCGCUAUGCGGAGGAAGAGAUGUACCGCCCGCACCCGGCCUUCUACCGCCCGCGUCUCAGCGACUGCUCUGACUACUCCGGCCAGUUUCUGCAGCCCGAGGCAUGGCGUCGUGGUCGCAGCCCUUCCGACAUCUCCAGCGACGUCUCCAUCCAGAUGACGCAAAACUACCCUCCAGCCAUCAAGUACCCCGACCACCUCCACAUCUCUACUUCACCGUGCUGAGGCCGGGCUCCCUCCCUCUCCUCCUCCUUCUUUCCCCUCAUCCGCGCCUCCCGCCUCCUUAAUACCUUAAGGGACUCUUGGCUGAGGGAUGCUGUGCCAUCUCCAGGCCCCAACCCAUCAUCCUCAUUUCAAUGGCUCCAACCUC